UAAACCAAUGAAAUUUAUGGCGGUUAACUUGUUUUGGCUUGACUGACCGAAACUUAUUAAGUAUAAAACAAUGGCCUCGUAUUGACAAGACGUUAUGCGGAAAAAGAAAGAGUUUUAUAGCUACCAUGAGGUUGGGAUAAACUAAACUAUGGACGAUUAUUUUCGACGGACGCCGAGAGAGGGCAGAGACAGAAGGGAAAGCAUCAUGAAACAGACGCUAAUGGACAACGAAAAAAUGAUGGAUAAUUGGCUAAACGAAAAUCAAUGUUGCAACGAGGAAUAUAUUCCUGAAGAGGGAUCUGGAUACUUUGAUCGUUAUCAGGAUGAAAUAUAUAAAAUACAACAAGAAAACAGUAAACUUCGAACAGACAAUCAUCAUGUAAAACAAACAUGUAAACGUAUAUUGUAUGAAAAGGAAACACAAAUAAAGCAAAUGAAUCAACAUCACAAAAGAACAAUCGAUGUCUUGGAAAGAAAGAAUGACGAACUUUGGACUAUAAAUGCUGAUUUGGUUGAAGACACAAAAACUCUAGAAAUAGAACUAGAUGAAUACGAACAGGAUUUAGAAGAUCAAAGGAAGAAGAUAGAUAAACUAGUGCAACGUAUUAACGACGAGGUCAGUAGAACAGAACAUAUAGAGGUUUUGUUGACUACGGAACAAACACAGAACAUAUCACUAAAAAACGAAAUUUCUCGGUUAAAUACAUUAGUUGAUCAGACCAUGAGUUAUGAACGUCAUGUUACAAAUCAGAAAAAAAGUGUAGAAGAAGAGAAUCAAACAUUAAAGCAUGAGAUUUACAAUUUAAGGAUAGAAGCGGCCGUUUUUCGCAAUAAGCUGAUCGCACUACAACAACAAUGUGACUGCUUGACUAAAGGUAGAGAAAGGAAUGAGCGUGAUGAGUGGAAACAAAAGAUUGAACAGUUUCAAGCAAAAAUUAAAGAGUUAAAAAUUCAGAUGUCGUCACUCAGUCGAGAGAAAUACUCUCUCCAAGACGAGUUAAAUAGAAAAGGCGCUGAGCUAUCCCGCAGUUUUGAGAAGGAAAUUCAGGCCCUACAACAAAAAAUAACAACGUAUCAACAUAACGAAAUAUCAAGUUUAAAACAAAACCAAGAGAAUGAAUUGGCUCUUUCUCAAUUAAAGCGGCAGCUUAUUUCAUGUGAGCAAGAAAAUAGAUUAGCACUAGAAAAAAUACAAAAACAAGAAGAGGAGAUCAGAUUGUUGAAAGAAGAAAAAGAAAAACUGAUACAAGACAACCGAUGUCAACGCACUUACCACAAGGAAACGACAAUAUAUUCCCACAAUGAAACUGAGAGACGGGAGCUGGUAAUACAGAGGCACAAACAAGCAUUGGAAAGUGCUCAACAAACGCAGCUUGUGAUGAAAUUAGAGCAACGUUCCAAGCUAGCCGAAGACAAACUUUCCGUGGUUAACGAACAACUUCAUAGUGAAAGGUCAAGAAACGAUAAGUUAUCUAAGGAAAGAACCCAAAAUGCGGAGACAUCUGAGAAGCUUCGCGCAUUAAAAAACGAACUUGAAAGCGAAAAAUCUAGAAACACCAUCUUAUCAAAGAAAAUAAUCCAGUACGAAAAGAAUUCUGAACAUCAAAGCGAGUUGAACAGCGAAAUGAAAAAUGAACUAUCAAGAAACACAAUGAUAUCAAUAGAAAGAACCAAAUACGAAGAUACAGCAGAAACUCUUCAGGAAGUGACUAAAGAACUGGAAAGUGAAAAAACUAGAAACGCCAUGUUAUUAAAAGAAAGUAACCAGUACAAGAAACAAAUUGAAAAACUGAAAAAAACACAAUUUGAUUUGUCACAAAGUCAUAACCUGCUCAACAAAGAAAAUAAACAAGGGCAAGAUAUCAGAAUUGCGACUGAAUACAAUCAGCAAUUAAAACGAAACCUGUCUGAUCUUGAUAGGUCAAAACAAAACAUGAUUGGAGAAAUUGGUUCCUUAAAAGAUGAAGUCAAAAAAUUAACAGAUGCACUCGAAGAAAAGGAUAGAGAUAUCAGUAUGCUAAAAAAUGAACUUCAGAUGAAUUAUAAUGAGAUUGAAGAUAAGCAGGGUGAAUUAGACUUCAUAAAAGAGACAAAUGUAAAGAGUGAACGGUUGGUAUCUGAUCUACAAACCGAAAUAAACCAGUAUAAAAGAAUACUGAAAGGAACCAGUCCCGACUCAGAUAAGUUCACCAAUACGAUUUCACAACUAGAACGUGAAGUGGAAGGGUAUAAAAACGAACUGAAAAAAGCUCGCGAGGAAAUUAAACAUGCGACUGACAAAAACCAACAGAUGAAUCAAAAUAUUUCUGACCUUCAACUAUCUGAACACGCAUGGAAUGAGAAAAUGGAUUCUCUAAACGAUCAAUUCAAAGAUUUGACGAAGGGAAAAGAUAAUGAUAUAAGUAGGCUUGAAAUUAAACUUCAACGGAAAUGUCAAAAGAUUGAAAAUGCAAUGGCUGAAGUCGCCUUGGUAAAAGAACAAAAUGAAAAGAACGAACAACUGGUCGCUGAUUUACAAAUCGAACGCGACCAAUAUAAAGCUAACUUGGAAGACCAAGACUCGAAUUCAGCGGAAAUUAACAAUAUUAUUACAACUUUAAGACAUAAAGUGGAGAUAUAUGAGAGAGAACUCAAACAGGUACGGGAAGAAAAAGAAAUGCGACUGAUAAAUCUCGACAGAUGGAUCAAAAGAUUUCAGCUAUUAAGAAUUCUGAACAAUCGUUGAUUGAUGAACGAGAUUAUU